UCCGUCCGGGAACGGCUCCAUCCGGGUCCCGGCCACUGCUGCGGGCGCCUCGUCGCCAUUACGGGGCAGCGGCGGCCGAGCCGGGGCCGGGGCGGCGCCGAGGAGCCGGUGGGUGCCUGGGUGGCGCCGACCACUCGGGCGGCAGGCAGCGCCAGGCCCCGCGGGGCUCCCUGAGCGGUUCCCUCCCUCCCUCGCCCGGAGCCCCGCAGGCCCGGCCCGGCCUCUCGCGGCCCUCCCCGGUUCGAGCAGAGCAGCGAGAAGAUGUCGCCAUGAAGGAGGCCGAGUCCGCCCUGCGCCGCCCCCGCCGGUCGCCCCCGCGGGCCAUGAGCCUGGGCCCCCGCCGGCCCCGCCAGCGCCCGUCGUGCCCCCCCGCCCAGGGCCGCCCCUCGCCCGCCGGGGCGCCCGUUGAUGCUGCAGAGCCCGCCCGGCGCCACCCCCUCCUCAGCCUCCGCCAUGGACAAGAGCAGCCCCUGCGGCUCCGGUACGCCCGGCUCCUCGGCCGGCAGCAAAGGGCAGCAGCCGCGAUCCGCCUCGGCCGGGCCCGCCGCGGGGGAGUCUAAGCCCAAAGGCGAUGGAAAGAAUGCGAGUGGACCCAAACAGCGUUAUAAUCGUAAAAGAGAAACUUCAUAUUCAAGAAAUGAGAACUUUUCCAGUCAGUCCCGUCGCUCCAAUUCACAGAAAAGCAAAGCUUUUAACAAGAUGCCCCCUCAAAGGGGAGGUAGUGGCGGAAGUGGCAAACUUUUUAGCUCUUGUAAUGGUGGAAGACGAGAUGAGGUAGCAGAGGCUCAGCGGGCAGAGUUCAGCCCUGCCCAGUUCUCUGGUCCCAAGAAGAUUAAUCUGAACCACUUACUGAACUUCACUUUUGAACCCCGUGGCCAAGCAGGCCAUUUUGAUGGGAGUGGACAUGGCAACUGGGGGAAAAGGAACAAGUGGGGACAUAAGCCUUUCAACAAGGAGCUCUUCCUACAGGCCAACUGCCAGUUUGUUGUCUCUGAAGAACAGGACUACACAGUCCACUUUGCUGAUCCAGAUACCUUGGUCAACUGGGACUUUGUGGAGCAAGUGCGAAUUUGUAGCCAUGAAGUGCCCUCUUGCCCAAUAUGUCUGUACCCACCAACCGCAGCAAAGAUCACCCGCUGUGGGCAUAUCUUUUGUUGGGCAUGUAUCCUUCACUAUCUCUCCUUGAGUGAAAAGACCUGGCGUAAAUGUCCUAUUUGUUAUGGCUCUGUUCACAAGAAGGAUCUCAAGAGUGUUGUUGCUAUGGAAACACGUCAAUAUGCAAUUGGCGAUAUCAUUACAAUGCAACUUAUGAGAAGAGAGAAAGGUGUUUUGAUAGCACUGCCCAAAUCUCAGUGGAUGAAUGUGGUGCAGCCUGUUUACAUCGGAGAUGACCAACACAGUCAGUAUUCAAAGCUGCUUCUAGCAUCCAGGGAGCAGGUCUUGCAGCAGGUGAUUCUGGAGGAGAAAGCAGCAUUACUAAAACAGUAUGAGGAAGAAAAACACACCCCAGAGGCUUGCUUUAUUGAGGCAGCUAUCCAGGAACUGAAGGAGCGAGAAACAGCACUCUCUGCUGACCGGGAUAAAAACAAUGGCAUUGCUGGAAUCACUGCAGCUGUGGAAGAAUUGGUCCUAGAAGGCUCCAAGGCUAUGGAGUCUGCAGUUUCCCAAGAAAAAAAGUGUGGUGUGGAAUAUCUCUCUGCAUUUGAUGAGGAGCUUGUGGAGCCUUGCUCUGAUCUGGCAGGUUCCUUUUCACCUCCUGUGGAAGCAGAAGAGGCAGUGCUGGAUGAAGAGGAAGUACCUGAGGUGGAUGCUAUAGGGGAAUCUGAUAUGAACACUAUAGAAGAACCAAAUCCAGCUGAAACAAGCUGCCAAGAAUCGAAAGAUACAAUUAGCUGUGGACAUCUCAGCAACUCUCCUUUUUACUAUUUCUAUCAAGCGGAGGAUGGACAGUGCAUGUAUCUUCACCCUGUGAAUGUUCGAUGUCUUGUUCGUGAAUAUGGCAGCUUGGAGAAGAGUCCAGAGAAGAUAACUGCAGCUGUAGUGGAGAUAACUGGCUAUUCGAUGACAGAGGAUAUAAGACAGCGUCAUCGCUACCUCUGUCACUUGCCCCUCACCUGUGAGUUCAGCAUUUGUGAGCUGGCUCUGAAGCCACCUGUCAUCUCUAAGGAGACUUUAGAGUUGUUUUCAGAUGACCUUGAAAAGAGGAAACGUCUACGGCAGAAGAAGGCUCGUGAUGAACGACGACGUGAACGCAGAAUUGAGAUAGAAGAAAACAAGAAACAGGGCAAAUAUCCAGAGGUCCAUAUUGCUUUAGAGAAUCUGCAGCAGUUCCCUGCUUUUACCUCUUGCCCUGGAGAAACUACCAGCAUUGAUCAUCAGAGCUUCUGUCUGUCUCCUCUUGGCAGGAGCCCUGUGUUUCAGACAGAGUCUAUUCCAACUCCACUGUCACCUGCUGCCAGCCAGGUCAGCCCAUUGCUCUGUGGGAGUUUAGAAGAAGAGUCUCCCUUCCCUUCCUUUGCCCAGAUGUUAAGAGUUGGAAAGGCAAAACCAGAAACAUGGCCCAAACCUGCUCCAAAGACAAGAGAUGAGAAUACCCUGGCACCCCCUGUGCCAGCAGAUAGCGAUGGAGAAAGUGACAGCUCUGACCGCAUACCUGUGCCCAGCUUCCAGAAUUCCUUCAGCCAAGCUAUUGAGGCGGCCCUCCUGAAACUGGACAAACCGUCCACAGCUGAUCACUUAUCAGAGGAAAAGGGAGGCAAGAAAAGAAAGAAACAGAAGCAGAAGCUAUUGUUCAGCACCUCUGUUGUUCACACAAAGUGAUUCUGCUAUUCAAGAGAAGUUUCCCCUCCUGGUUUUCUUUUCAUUUUGCUUUGUUUUGCUGCUAUAGUUUAAGUAUUUAAAUUUGAACAGACUAAACUGGCAUUUCCAGGGCUUCUAGGGAGUUCAGGAGGAAACCAUGACCAUAUAUGUUGAAGUAACAUCUUUUGAUGGCAACUGCUUAAUCAAUUAUACUGAAACAAAGUUUUGAAAGAAACAACCCAUAGACAAAUCAGCCAAGGCUUCUAGUUUGUGCCAAGUUGAUUCUUUUGGCCUAAUAAACAGUAUGAAAGUCUUUACAGCUGUGUGGCACUGCCAGAAUACUGAAAUAUUAUCUAAGUGAAGAGGCAGAGAGCCUUUAUUUUCCUGGAAGUAUUCAUGGGCAGAAGUCCAUCUGACUGGGACAGUAGUGCUGUUUCAGUAAAGCUGUGAAACUGCUCUCUUGAGAAACUGGUUUCCACUGCACUGGAAAUGGGCAAAAGAGCUUCCUGGCUUUAGCUUUAGCUGCUGUGUCUGUUCUCUUUCUAAAGAGCAAGAAUUCCUCCUGUUCUCCUGGCUUGGAAAGAUUUAAAUCUGAGGUGAGUGUAAAGCAGAACUUGGCUACUUGGUUUUGAAGUGACUCUUGAUGAAUUUGUGUAUUUCAAAAUGCGUACUGGCACUAGUGGUAGAAGGAACCUCCUGGCUUUCUCAGUUGUUCAACUCUGUUUUGUGUGGGUGGGUGAGGCUGCUCAUUUUUUUUUUUUUUUUUGCCAAUCACGGGCUACACAUUCUUUGUAACCUGGUCAUUUAGAAUAAACACUCCACCCUAGGGCUCUUGGUAACUACCUGAACGACGUUUUGAUACUGGCUGCUCUUGAAUGGGAAGAACAACUGAUAGCUGGAGUCUGUCAAUAACUUUUAUCCCACUGCAAGAAACUGGGGUCUCUUGUACCGGGAUAAGGGCCUGAAUCUGCUUGGUUCUGGGAAAUAAGUUGAUCUGCCCUAAGCACCUCGGGCUAUAAACAUGCCUCUUCUGGAUCCCUCCCUGCUCUUUUUUGAGUGGUCACAUUCUGCACUGCUUGUGGUUUGAGUUUUUGGUUUGAGUUAAGUGGUGUGGAUUUUGUUGAAUAAAAUAGGUGUUAUGUACCAGUCAAGGCCAACAGUUGCAAUAAAUCAUAUGCACGCACAGAGUACUGCGCACUUCCUGAGCUAAGUGAACUGUCACAUCCAUGUGGAGCACAAUACCACUUAGCUGCAGAGAUUCACCUUGGACCUUCCUGCUGCCAGAUUUCAUGCCAGGGAGCUGAUACAGAGUAUCACCUAACUUACAGCACCAGACGGACAGGUGUCUUCUGUUACCUUCAGCCCCACUUGCACCAGUGGUCUGCCUGCAUUUGCACAGGCUUUAAAAAAGCUGAUGUGCUCUCUCCCUCUGACACUGUGACUGAUCCCAGCAAGGAAGCGAUGUUUUGAGACUCCUGAAGUCAGGUAUUGUAACACCACUGGUAAAGUCAUUGCUUGUGUCCAUAUUUUAAAAAGUUUGUCAAUUCAUUGAUGCUUGAUUUCAAAGCAGUAGGCCCCAUAUUAUUCAAGUACUUCCUGAGGCACUUAAGCGUGCGUACAGGCAAAGCUAGUACUAAAGAGUAUACUUCACAAAACUGUAUGCAUCUGUAAACUAGCAAGAAGCAGGAGAGGGGGGAUGUAAAGAUUAUUUCAACUGCUACAGGAGGAUAAGAGGAAACACUUGCAAAACAUUCUUCGAAAGCAGCUUGAUGUCAUGCUUGGUCACAAUUAACUACACUCGAUGGAAGGACAGUCCAGCUUGCCAAGGGAGUGCAAAGGAACUAGGACAAGAUGCCCAAAAGUGGUAACACAUCUUGCUGUUAAUGCUUUACAUGCACACUGGAAAAUUUUGGUGAGGGUAGAGAAAGCAACUAAGUUAAAGACGCGAGUAAGCAGUUAACUGUGUACACAGUAUUAUUGUUUCCUAUUUGUAACAGUCAUUUUAAGCCAUGGAAUGGGAGUAACUACUUAAUGCCUAACCAGCAUCUGUUGUGUUCUACUAUCUCUAUGCAUUUAUAGUCACACUUUUACUUUCCACUGGGAAGAGAGACAGAAUAGCUGGAGUGGGUGUAACUCACCUCCACGUUUCACAGGCACUAGAACAAGUAAGGGAAGCGAUGUGGGCAAGGAAGGCUGUCCCUUCUGCAGGGGCAGGCUCCACGGGAGAGCAUCUCUAAGUUGUAUCUUGUUUUUCUGUGGAUUCAAGAGGUAAUACCAGCAAUGCUACUUUCCUCUAACUGAUUGGUGUAAGCUUAAUAAAUAUCUAAGCAGUACUUGUACCUAUGAGUUUUAUAAUGGGUCGGACGGAGCGGAGCCUUACAGCUCUACCUUGCAUUCCCUGUAAUCUCUGCUCCUGUGUACACAACUGGUACUUCUGUGACUUGGAACAACGGAUAACCCUAUGGAUAACAGGCACGCUUGAAGAUAAGGUAAAAACCAGUAAGAUCUUAAUGCUUUUUCUGUACUGAAAAAGAAUAAACUACAUUCCUUGUCCUUGCCAACUGCCUGAAGCCCACUUCUACCUCAGCACGAAGCUCACACUGAGCUGCUGCACUCCUUAGGAGUGUGGGUGGUUUUGACUCCUGGAGUAAAACAGGCAAGUAACCUACUUAAGUAAAACCGUGUAUUUUUUCUAAAAAAAAAAAAAUAAAUUUAUUUAAGAACACUUGGAACAGGGGAAUGAAGUCUAAAUAUGAACAGAUGCUUUUUCUGUCCCCUGCUUUGCUUAACACUGAAGAGAACUGGUACCAUCUUGAUUACACAAGUAUGGGACAGAGGUGAACAGUAACUAGUAACAUUCAGUCUGUCUCUGUGCCAUCAUCAUCUUCCUCAUCUCCGCUGUAAGACUGCUCUUCUGUAAUGGAACAGCUCAGCAGUGACUUCUGUAUACACAGUCUUUCCUCUGCAAUAAAGAGAGCAACAGAGGGUCAUUACUUGAUCUCUUCACAUGCGCUGGAAUAUCCUCAACGAAAGAAAGGAACAUUUCUUGGUUCAAGAAUUCAGAAAUAGCCCAGCAUAUCCUACAACACCCCCAGGAACUGAGGCUGCAUUUUAGGAAAGCAGCUGGAGGAACUCACCUUCAUUUGUACAGUUUUGCAACAACAUCAGCAGCUGUCUUCUAUUAUACUGAAUUAGAAAUUUUUGGCAUGUUCUUAUGGUACCUGUAGGAGUCACAAGAACAAUGUGUAACAAUCUGCAAAACCAAGUGUUUCAGAGCUGCCAGUACAUCUGAAGAUCACUGUAUCAAGUGACAAAUGCCCCAGGCAACAACUUGAUUAAUGCAAGCACUAAGAAGUGGCUGAGGUUAAGUGGUGGAAUAAUAAUUUCUAACAUGUGCCUAUUCUGUGCCCACAGCGUUUAAUUUGCAGGACAGGGAUGACACUAUAUUUUGAAAAUAUGGUAUUAUAAAAAAAUUGUAAUAUAGUAUUUGCUGCUCUG